AUGGAUUAAAUCAACUGUUAAAACUCUAACCAUGAUUCAUAGAGAAUGAAAUAUAUUUGUGUAGAUCCAAUAUGUUAAACAUAACAAAAGAUUGGUAUUAUUAAUUUAAAAUGAUUAGGUUGUGCUGAUUGUUUUUUAGAAGAUCAUGCAACUCAUUAAAGAAAAACUAUUGAAUAGUUUAAUGAUUAAGUGAAACAACAGUUAGAUUCGUUUAAUUAGAUAGAAUUUUAACCUAUAACAAAUACAAUAUAAUAAGAUUUAGAGAAGUAAAUUGAAAAUGAAUUAGAGAAUUGUCUUUCUUGUAUUAAAUAUAGAUUUACUAAUAUAAAAAGUGAUUUGUAAAGUUUAUUAGAUGAGGAGAAUGAAAAAUUAUAAGAAAGUUAUAAUGCUUUG